AUGCAAGAAAAUGUGGCUAUCUUCAGAAAGAAUCUUGCUUUGGCUCAAGAGAGGCAAAAGAAGUAUAAAACAAAGGAACUGCACUUUGAAGUAAGAGACAAGGUAUUCCCAAGGGUGGCUCCGAAGAAGGGAGUGAUGAAAUUUGGAAAUAAGGGCAAGUUAACUCCAGGGUAUAUCGGCCCAUUUGAGAUUCUAGAGAGGAUUGGAGUAGUAGCUUAUCGGCUUAUACUACCUCCACAGUUUUCAGCCAUGCAUGAUGUUUUCCACAUCUCAAUGCUUCAGAAAUACUUGCGUAACCCUACCCAUGUGCUGGAUUAUGCGCCUCUCCAUGUGCACGAAGAUUUCUCAUAUAAGGAAGCACUAGUUCGAAUCCUGGAUAGAAAGGUCCAAGUACUUCACAACAAAACUCGUGGAACCACCAUACUAAACAAGAGGCAACUUGGGAGCAUGAGGACGACAUGA